UUCCUCUCCACCAACAAACCCACAUCUCUCUCUCCAAUUUCUAUAUUCAAUCAUCUUUGUUCUUUUCCUGUUACAGAAUUCCUUCACUCUCUGCCCCUAUGGCUAUGGAGCUUCAACUGGGCCUUGCUUUAACCCCCACCAAUCCCAUCAAACCCUUCGACUUAAACACCCAUCACAACAAUCCCCACAAUCCCCUUUGUUUUGAUUUCGAUUCUAUCACUCACAAAAAGCGUUCUCGUGAUUUCAACCACUCUGCGGCAUUUCGUCGAACACUUCCUCUGCUUCUUUGGAACGACCAUCCCAAUGAUGGCGAUGACGACGACUCUAAUGACCCUCAUUCCGCCUCCUCUAAUGAUUCAGACGAGGAGGAGGAACGGGAGAAUGGGCUUGUGGGAUGGCCGCCGCUUAAGAAGAGGAGAAAGAGUCUUUUCAUGAAGAAACACGUCGGACGGGCGGCGGUGAUUCGGCGUCCGAUGGUGGAGAAUGGCGGCGGCUUUUACAGAGGAUUGAAUUCGAAUUAUUCUCGAUACGUGAAGGUGAAGAUGGAGGGAGUAGGAAUUGCUAGAAAGGUUGAUUUGAGCCAACACCAUUCUUUUGAUGCGCUUAGAGCCACUUUGAUGAACAUGUUUGAUGAAACGGAUUCCGACGAUUACAGACUCACUUACCAGAAUAUCGAUGGUGACUGGUUACUUGCCGAGAACGUAACUUGGAGGAAUUUCAUCGGAAUUGUUCAACGGAUGAAACUGGAAAAGAAGUCUGGCUGACGAGGGGUUACCGGCGGUGGCGGUCAGAGAAUCAGAUGCUGUUCUAAUUAAAUAGAUUUCUAUCUUUUUAGUUUUUCUCAUAGCACUUUAAGUUUUAAUGAUGACUGUAUAUUUAUGGUAUAUGAAGAAACAGAAAACCUUAGGUAUGAAUCGGUUCUUACUUCUUGACCUGAUUUGUUUUUGUUGGGUAAAAGAUGUUACGGGAAUUUAAAAAUAUGAAUUAACAUAAAUGAAAUUACAAAAGAAAUAUGCAUA